AUGAGUAUUUUUAUUUUAUUGAUAUUUAUUUUUGGUGGAAUUCAUUUAUGCAAAAAAAGAUAUAUGAAUAAUAAUUAUAAUUUUAUUGAAAGAAAAAAAAAGAAUGUAAAAAAAUUUAACUAUAUUAGAAAAAAGAAACGAGUAUAUAAUUACAACUUUCUUACUAUAAAAAAAAGUUAUGAAAAAAACAUAAAAUGCUUUGGUGAAGGUUUUUCUAAUACUGUACAUAAUAAUAUAAAAAAAAAUACACAUGAUUACUCAGAAGAUAGAUUACCUUCAUAUCAUAGAUACAUAGAUAAUUUUAAAACAAGAAAAAUAAUUCAUCCUAGUAUAAGAAUAACAGAAUUAGAUAAAAAAUUUAUGAAAUGUAAAGGAAAUUAUAAUAAAUUAUUUUCGCAUUUAAACAAAACUGAUUUAUUUGAAAAUUUUUCAUAUGUUGGUAGACAAAAAAAAGGAAUAUUAUCUCCUACAUAUUAUUUACCGAAAUUUAUAGAAAAGCCAAAUUAUCAUAGAACAGGAACACCUGUUUAUGUAAAUUAUGAUAAUAAUAAUGAAGAAAGAAAUAAGUAUGAAUAUAAAAAUGUAAAAGAUGAUAAAGAUAUCGAAAUAAUAUCAAAUAAUUGUAAAUUUGCAAGAAAAUUAAUGGACGAUGUAUCAUAUAUAUUAUGUGAAGGUAUAACAACAAAUGAUAUUGAUAUAUAUAUUUUAAAUAAAUGUAUUAAUAACGGAUUUUAUCCAUCUCCUUUGAAUUAUCAUCAUUAUCCAAAAAGUACUUGUAUAUCAUUAAACGAAAUACUAUGCCAUGGUAUUCCAGACAACAAUGUUUUAUUUGAAAAUGAUAUCGUAAAAGUAGAUAUUAGUGUUUAUAAAGAUGGAUUUCAUGCUGAUAUGUGCGAAAGUUUUCUUAUUGAAAAAAUAUCGAAAGAAGAAAAAAAAAGAAGAAAAAAAAAUUAUGAUUUUAUUUAUCUAAAUGAUAAACUUAGAACAAAAUAUACAAAAUAUAUUUUUAAAUAUCAUUUUGAUUUAACAAAGAACAAGGUGGUUAAAAAAGGAAAAUCAGUUACUGUAAGAAAAAUAAGAUAUAAUGCACCAAAUUCGAAAAGGCAAGAAGAUGAUUAUCAUUUUGAUUAUGAUGAUAAUACCAAUGCAGUUCAUUUAAAUAAUAUAUCCCAAAAUAUGUUUUUUAAUAAUUUUAAUGAUUAUGAUGACGAGCUAGAAAAUUUUCAUAAACAGUAUGAUGAUAAAGUUAUAUAUAAUCCAGAAAAAAAUCAGAUUUAUAACAAUAUUCAAAAAUUUAUAUAUAAUAAAAGUGAAAAGGAAGAAAAAAGAAGACAUAGGCAUUUCGAUUUUUUUGAAAGAACUAAUCUUAAUAUAAAUGAUUUUAAAAAAAUUAUGUAUGAUAAAAAUUUAGAAUUAAUUAAAACAGCUUAUGAAUGCACAAUGGUAGCUAUCAGUGUAUGUAAACAUGGUGUACCAUUUAAAGCUAUUGCUGAAGCAAUGCAUGAUUAUAUUCAGAAAAAAAAUAAAAAUAAUAAAAAUUAUUCUAUUGCACCUAAUUUAUGUGGUCAUAAUAUUGGAAAAAACUUUCAUGAGGAGCCUUUUAUUAUACAUACAUUAAAUGAUGAUGAUAGAAAAAUGUGUGAAAAUUUAGUAUUUACUAUUGAACCAAUUAUUACAGAAAAAGAAUCUAAUUAUAUUACUUGGCCCGAUAACUGGACAAUUUCAAAUUCUAAAUAUCAUUUUUCUGCUCAGUUUGAGCAUACUAUUCUUAUCAAAAAAAACAAUGCAGAAAUACUUACAAAAAAAAAUGAAAAAUCUCCUAAAUUUAUAUGGGAGAGAACUAAUUUGUAG